CCGAGUAAAGAGGUGAUUCGUGAUUUUUAACAGUUUGUUUCACCAGUAUGAAGAACACUGUAAUUACCAUUAUUUUAACAAUUAGCUGUAGUAUAUUAGAAUACGGAUAUGGUCAGAGGAGUAGAUGUGGCUUGGAAAGAUUUCAAUGUAAGGAUGGAGAAUGCAUACCAAGUGUAUUGUUAUGUGAUGGGCGACCAGAUUGUAAAGAUCAAUCUGAUGAAACAUAUGCAGAAUGCAGCAAACCAGAAAUUACAUGUCCUAGCUAUGCAUUUCGAUGUGCAUAUGGUGCAUGUGUAGAUGGAGAUUCAGCUUGUAAUGGUGUGAAAAAUUGUGUUGAUAAUAGCGAUGAAACAUUGUCUAGAUGUAAUACUUCAUAUAAUGCAUCCACAAAGUGCUCAACAAGUCAGUUUAAAUGUAAUAACGGGCAAUGCAUUUCUGCAAGCAAUGUGUGCGAUGGUACUUCUAAUUGCACUGAUAAUUCCGACGAAACAUUCAUUCAGUGUGGAGCAAUUCCUUGCGAACAAUUAUUUUUUCGUUGUCGUUAUGGCGCUUGCAUUGAUGGUGAUUUAAAGUGUAACGGAGUCACAAAUUGUGUAGAUGGUUCAGAUGAAGAUCCAAGAUUAUGUAAAGCACCAGUUACUUCAACAGAACGUCCACAGCCUGUGACACCUCCGAUAACACCCUCGUGGACACUCAAACCAAGAAUAUUUUGUAGUGUACCGCCACAACCACAAAAUGGUUUCUGGAAGUUACAUAAAUCACAAUGUGCCACUGGAGAGAAUUGCGAUACUGAACAUGAUGUUAAAUUUGAACCAGGAGCAUAUUUAAUUUACAGCUGUAAUCCUGGUUACAAAAUCAGGGGCUCUUCUGAUGUUGUUUGCGGGUUAGGGGGUAAAUGGUUAAAUAUUCCUGCAUGUGUAGAAAUACGAUGCAAAAAUGUAAAUUCAGCAUCAAUAAGGGCAGAUUGUUCAUAUGCCGGGCAUAAUUACAUAUCAUGUGAAUCACCUAAGCCUGGUACAGUCGCAACAUUAUCAUGUCGCAAUAGUUACCGCCGCGAUACAACAUUCCUAUCGCCUACAUCAGUUAGAUGUAAUGAAAACGGUCAAUGGGAUCCGGAGCCAAUGAGAUGCAUUCCAGUGUGCGGUGUUACUCCGGUAAAUACCAAACCACUCAUUGUAAACGGAACUCAAGCUAAUAUUGCUGAAUUUCCAUGGCAUGCUACACUGUAUAGAGCAGAAAGAUUAGACGCGCCUAAGGAAUUUACGUGUGGUGCAUCUAUUAUACACGAGAAACUUUUAGUUACUGCAGCGCAUUGUGUUUAUAAUGACAAUACCAGGAGUGUAGAUGAUCCCUCAAAAUAUUAUAUAGCAACGGGCAACAUUUAUAGAGAUUACGAUUCUCCUUUCCACAAUAAUGUAAUUGUGAAGAAAGCACGGGUAAAGAGUAUAUACGUUGCUUGUAGCUACACUGGAUUGGUUGGAUCUUAUGUUGCAGAUAUAGCCAUAUUAGAGAUCACAGAAGCAUUUGUAUUUUCGUCGCUAUUAUUACCAAUUUGCUUGGACUUUUCUAAUAACAUGUUGUUAGAAGCUGGAAUGUUCGGUAAAGUUGCCGGAUUUGGUAGAACUUCUACAGGUCCAACUAGUUACAUAUUGCAAACAAUUACAUUGCCGUAUGUUUCGCACAGAAAAUGCAAAGAAGUAAGCAAUGCUUUGCAAACAGAAAACUUUAUUACAAUUGAUAAGUUUUGUGCGGGUUACACGAAUGGAUCGUCAGUUUGCGAUGGCGAUAGUGGCGGUGGUUUAGUUUUUCAAAGAGAAUAUCUGUGGUAUUUGAAAGGUAUUGUUAGCGUUAGUCUUGGUACACAAGUAGUAGGAGGAAGUAGACAAUGUGACAGUACCACGUACUCUUUAUAUACUGCCAUUUCCACUCAUAUUUCAUGGAUACAAAAUUUUCUCCUUGCCUUGGACAUUAAAAGACUACUACCUACUUGUUAAUGAGAUUAAGAUUAAAAAUUUAGUUUAUA